CUCUCUCUGUCUCUUGUCUGCACUCAGAUCAGCAGCUGGACCAACGAGGAUGUCGUCUCUGCCCGCCGCCCCCCCUUCCCCACAUCACACAGCGACCUCUGACCCCAGACGCGUUGCCAUGGCGACCUACUGGAAGGAAGUUCAGAGCAUCGAGGAGGAGGAGGAGGAGGAGGAGGAGGAGGAGGAGGAGGAGGAGGACAGGAAGAGUAUAGACGAGGUGGAGCUGGAGGAGGCGUGGCUAACGGAGGCUGGGCUGUCGUCCCUGGUAACCAGCUCGUCGGCAGAGGAGCCGCAGGCAGAGGCGCUGCUGUCCACGUUGUCACGGCAACAGGUCACCACGGUGAGGAAGAGGCUGGAUAACUACACAGAGACACUGAGGAAGAGGAACAGGCAGCCAAUCAGAGACGUCCGUGAUAUCUUCACUGUGGAUGAUGAGUCAGCAGAUGGAGGUUCUUCUUCUUCUUCUCUCUCUCAGCAGAGUCGAUAUCACAGAGACACUAAAACCAUCCGCAGGAACACCUGCACAGUGAGACCAACUCUGCACAUCUUCCUACCACCUGUGGAUCAGGUGAGAGCAGCUGAUUGGCUGCUGAGGGACUGUCCGUAUUCAGAGGGCGUGGCUGAACACAAAGUGGGAGGGGCUUGUUGGGACUGCCGAUGUUUCCAUGGAGACGACAGCAGUGACCUGCCGUUUGUACCUGGCCCCCCCCUCACCUGGGCAGAUGACCUGUCAUCAUGUGACCUGAGGCGGCUCGGCUUCAUCACUCACAUCGAGCUCUCCACCUUCCUGCUUCCUCUGGGCGUCCAAACCAAACGCACCCGCCCGCCUCGCCGCAGCAGCAGGGACGGAGGCGUGUUCGGCGUUCCUCUCGACGCGCUGCUGCACAACGACAGGAAGUCAUCAGCUGGGGUCAAAGUUCCCAUCGUCUUUCAGAAGUUGUUGUGUAUUUUAGAGCAGAGUGGUUUACAAACUGAAGGGAUUCUCAGAGUACCAGGAUCAGCUGCUAGACUGAAGUACCUGCGCAGAGAGUUAGACAGGUGCUCAGGACGGUUCGACUGGUCUGCAGUGAGACAGGUGGACGCUGCAGGUCUGCUGAAGCUUUUCAUCAGAGAGCUGCCGACACCUCUACUGACACACACACACCUGUCCACCUACCUCGCUGUGCUGGGUGUGUCUUCGCUGGUCCACCAGGUUCAGGCUCUGCAGCUGCUGACGUUGUUGCUUCCAGAAUCCAACAGAGACACUCUGAGAGCUCUGCUGGUCUUCCUGCGUAAGGUGGUGUCUCAUCAGGACCAGAACAGGAUGUCUCUCUGGAACGUCUCCAUGGUCGUGGCGCCCAACCUGUUUGCCUGCCGUCACCGUGGUAACAAGCGCUCCAUCACCAUGCAGCAGGAGGAGAUGGAGGAGGCGGUGGGGGGGGCUCACCUGGUCCAACUGAUGAUCACACACCAGGACCUGCUGUGGACCGUUCCCGCCUUCCUCCUGUCUCAGGUGAGACAGAUGAACCAGGUGUCCAAUCAGAAAGAAGGAGGCCUUGGCAAGACCACAAGACGACUGCUGAAGAGGAUAAAUGACAAGAAUGAUGGGAACCUGGUGAUACAGGUCACUGAGCUGAGUGCAGGUGUGAUCCGGGUUCACGCCCCCCUCAACACCAAGGUUUCCAUGGCGAUACAACUUGAUGGACAGACGACAGCAAAAGACGUCAUAGCACGCUUCAAGUGUGAGAAAAGUCCUGUUCAGCAUCUGUAUGAAGUCGGAGGAAACAUCUGUGAGCGCCGGCUGCAUCCUGACUGCCUGUUAUUGGACGUUUACCGUGUUAAUCCUCGCUGUGAUUGGCUCAUCAAACCGGGGAGCUGCUGA